AUGGGAAUAGAUUGCGAGAGAGAUCUUGAAGGAGUGUACUGCUUGUCGAGGAGAAGAGUUGUCAUGCACACCAAGCUAAGGUGGCAUCGCGGUGUCUGCUGUGUUGCUGCCGCGAUCCUUCAUUUUUCCUCUUUUUUCUUUACUUGCGGUGAGGAACAGUUGGCACAAGCCUGGUUGGUUAUCGUCGUGAGGCGAAGGCUGGAGCCGCGGCAAAACCAGGUGGUGGUUGCGCAGCGGUGGCUGUCUUCAGUAGUUAGGCAAGCGGGCUUUGCCUUGAACAUCAAUGACAGUUGCUGCGAUGGUCGUCAGUUGCGGCUGACGAUGACCUCGGUUGCGGCUCAGCUCAAGCCGAGGUGCUGCGUCAGUGACUCAGGCAGCGUGGCUUUCUUGUUAUUCACUGAUCAUGUCUUCCAAUGA